CAGUCGCACGCAAAGUGGAUAGAUAGAAAGGCUGCGACUUCUUAGUGUGUUUAGAACAACUGUGUUGAAACUUCGUAGGCUGACGUUUUAAGAACUCUCGGCUGAAACUUGACCCAAGUUUACCGAUAUUGUCACCACUAAUCUACUUUACAAGCUACAGUGGAAACAUCUUGUGAAUGUAAAACCAACAACCUAAAAGUGAUAUCAUUUUUGGAUGAAACUUGUUUCAAUGAUAUCAUGACAUUUUAGAUCUUCACUUUAAGAUUUGAAUAUUAAACUGCGGCAAGGAAGAGCUUAGCUACUAUUACAUCAUAAUGGAUCAGAAUCUGCCACCUUUAACCGCGCCAGACAAGCCAGAGGAGCGUGUUGGAUGCUGUAAUAAGGUUGUUGAGGGUCUCGAUAGACUGCAGGAUACUUUGGAACAAGUGGGGAAACACUGCAAAGGCAAAGACGCUGAGGUGUGGCACAAGCCUAGGGAAGAUGGAAGAAAGAUCUAUGCCCGUGUUCGCUGCAAUGUGAUUUGUGUUGGUGAGAUUGACACGGUGAAGCAGGAGUUCAACGCUGAGAUCUAUCUGGCUGUGACCUGGAAAGAGCCAACCGUUAAGGGUCUCAAAAGAGAGGAUGUUGAUUGGGCUGAGCAAUGGAGCCCCUGUGUGUACUUCUUCAAUGCUACCACUAUCGAGAAGAUGGAUUGUAAGCAUAAUAUCAUCUACCCAGAGAACGAGCCAGAUGGUGUACCAGACGCUCAGGUGUCUUACAGAAUGAAGGCUACCUUCAAGGCUAGCAUGAGACUUCAUGAUUUCCCUUUUGAUCAUCAGGAACUAAAAAUCAAGUUGAUGUCCGACUGGCCUAUAACAGAUGUUGAGUUUGUCAAAGAUAUGAACAUCAAAGACUGUAUUAGACUGGACACAUUUACAGCUGAUGAGGAGUGGCAGUUGAGUAAACAUGUGAUUGCCCAGCCAGUGGUUGAAGACAAGGCUAAGACAGGAUCUCAUAGACAGUAUCCCAUCUAUCAUCUCUCUAUGCAUGUCAGACGAAAGAGUGGAUUCUACCUCUGGAAUGUGGGACUUAUUCUGUUGAUGAUUCUGUUGCUGUGUUUCACAUCGUUUGCAGUCAGUGCCGAUGAGCCAGCGGAUAGACUCAGUGUUACUGUUACUCUUCUACUCACAGCCGUAGCCUUCAAAUAUGUGGUGUCACAAAGUCUGCCGACAAUCUCUUAUCUUACUCUACUGGACAAGUACGUAUUAUGUGGACUGAUUCUACAGUGUCUGAUUGUCAGCCAGAAUGCUAUGAUAUCAUUGGCCGAGUCCGCUGAUCGUCCACUCUUUGACCUGUUGUCCAUCUGUGUGCUGGCCGGACUCGUCCUACUGGUCCAAGUUAUCUUUGUUUUCGCCAGUAUGAUCAAGUCAAGAAGAAUAACCAACUUGCUCCAGAAAUAUACUAAGCAGUAUACAGAUCUGUGCGACCAAAUCAACCAGAGUUGGCAGGCUCGGCAACUCCAAAUGAAGGAGCGAGAGAAGGAGAAGAAGACAGAGGAGUUCGGAGAAGAAUCCUUGGUCAAGGCAACAGAGCAGACAGAUAUGACCCUGUUUAUAGACGACUUCCCAGGGCAGUCAAGCAGCCUGUAAUGCACCGGAGGGAAAAGAACGCUGGUGCCUGUGACCUGACGAGUCGAUACCACAGGAACAAUGACUGCUGAAAUCCUGUAGUUGGCAAUAUAGUUUAUAUAAUGGUAACAGUCAUUCUUUAUGGUCUAUUACUUGAUAAAUAAAUAGAGCAAACAACAUAAAAAAAUUGGUUAAUGGCCCUCGCAAUUUGACCAGAGUAGAUUAUUUCUAAAAGGCCAACACAACAAACACAAUUUUGUAUACGUCUGCAACCGUGGACCUCCUAUUGUCCCUCUUUUGUUUAUACUAACCAACGUAACAGCUCUCAUUGGUUUUGUACACAUUUUCCAACUGGGGACCUUCCCCCAAACCGGGACACUGUUGUCCUCUUUUGUUAUAGGUCCAGGUCCAGGAGUAUAUACAAACUCUCAGAAAGAUAGGUAAUUUACGUCC